GUUUUGGUUACAAUCGUGUCAACCGCAGCCAAUGGCGUAAGUGCUUAUUUGCUGUUCGGAUAUCAUUAAAUCUCUGAUUAAAAUAAGCUUCCCGAACGUCUAGUGCCCUGCACUUAUCUAAGUUUCCCAAACACAGAAGCUGCCCUCCUGACGAGAGUGAUAUCAAUUGUUCAGAACAAAAAGAAACAACAAUGUCCAAGUUUGUAUAACGGGAAUGCUUGCUUAGCGUUGCAAAGUUCCGGAAAUUUGAUCGGCGCAAGAUAUCUUGUUCAGCAGUUUUACAAGCUCACAUCGGAAAUAUGUCUAGCAGCGAUCUUACAACCAAGGAAGCCAUCUCAAAGGUCGAGCAGCAACUGUCCCCGUCAAAGGAUGGUAUCAUCGGUGUGACGUUCUACAUCUUUGUGGACAUGUGUGAAAACAAUCUGCAGCUCGAAAAUCACGCCAAUCGUCUGCAGAGCUUGCGCAAGGAGCUAAACUACGUGAAGGAAACAGACUGGCAGUACGAUUCGGUGGAAAAGAUCCUCGGCCAAAAUUGAUUGGUGC